AUGCUACCGGCGAUCACAGUGUCUGACGCCAUCAGUGACCUCCCCGCUUUCGAUUGGAAGGACCCGCAUCAAGUCUACGCGGGGCCGGAUAGGAUAGAGAUCGAGCGCGAAAACAGGGGCAUCAAACAGCUAGAGGUCGUCGCUGGCAGGGCAACCGGAUUUUACAAGGUCGAGUAUGCCGCGAAGCCUUUCAACUCGUUUCAAGAGCGCAUGCGGGUCUUCAACGGCGAAGCAGCCAGGCGCGUGACGCAGCAUCAGACGUCUGGCUUUAAAGCACUGGCAGUGGAAAGGGUCGUCAACGUUGCCUUGCGUCCUGGUGCCGACUGCGAUUCUUGGAGCGAGCCUGAUGUCGACAAGCCGGCUCUUCUAGGGAGUACCCAUAUGCAUAGGUGGCAGCAGGACCACUUCAAAUUCGAAAGGAUCGACGGCAGCCGCUACUUCAAGGCACUCAUGACCACCGCUACGGUGCAAAGCAGCUUGCUUCAUCCCGACCAACGCAGGAUUUUUACGGUCCGGGAAUGUGCACGAGCGCAAGGCAUUCCAGACUGGGUCGAGUUUCAAUCCUCGGACGGCAACCUCUUGUCUGCGUACAAGCAGAUCGGCAAUGCCGUCCCUGUCCCUCUGGCGGUCGCCCUGGGCAAGUCGCUCACUGCAGCUCGAAUACGCGAUUUGUAG